GGGGCGAGAGAGCAUGCGGACCUAUUGAGAGAGAGAGAGAGAGAGAGAGGCUGUGGUCUCUCAUCGAGCAGCAGCUUACAGACAGACUAUAGAGCUACAGACCACUGUGUGUGUUGUGUGCAGGAGAACAGGCAACGACACAGAGCUGCCAGCGGAACGAAAACUACUCUUUCAUGUGGAUUAAUAAUUCAGGACAGAGAGACACUCAUUUUUAAACAGAUUUUUUGGACCGACUGACUGACAGGAGGAUUUAGGAGAGUAGCUGCUGGACGAUAAACACCGUCUGAUGGUUCCUCCUGCUCCGUUGCUAAGGUUGCUGGCUAAGGGAAACAGCCAAUAAUGCACGGCACCUGCUCUGCAGCCACACCCACUUCCUGCCUGUAGAGGAAGCGGCUGUGCCAGCAUGUCCUCUCACCCCCAGUCUGUGCCGCCGGGCCGGAGGACUGUGGACACACGGCACCUGCCAAACCCUGCCAGUUUACCGCUGCAGCUGCAACGGGCACACACGGAAGUGGGACUGGUUGACUACCACUCUCAUCAUGCCAGGGACUACAGCUCCCACUUGGCCCAACCCCAUCGCCGUCGGCCCUCCUUACUUUCAGAGUUCCAGCCCGGAAAUGAGAGGGCUGUGUAUUGGCAAGAAUCUGGCGAUAGGAUACGUAUGCUGAUAAAGGGAGGACAAGAGCAGCAUAUCCGCUAUGAGCACAUGUACCUGCCAGAGACCAGCGGCCAAUCAGAGGUGGAGUAUGCGGAGAUUAAAAGGCCUCGUUUAGAGAUGGGACCAGAGUCUCUGAUGAGGACUUCAUCCCACCGGCCACAACUGCCUCUGGGAGGGGCUGAGGAUAUGGCUAAGGAGCGUGGAAGUGGAAUGGGGAAGCUGGAGCCAAUCUCCCCCGUGAGCCCGGUCCACAUGGACCCCGACUUGGAUCUGGUGCCAGCUCGCUUCUCCAAGGAGGAGCUGAUCCAGAACAUGGACCGCGUGGACAGGGAGAUCACCAUGGUGGAGCAGCAGAUCUGCAAGCUUCGCAAAAAACAGCAACAGCUGGAGGAGGAGGCUGCAAAGCCACACGAGCCAGAGCGGCCUAUCUCACCGCCACCCAGCGAGGCCAAGCACCGCAGCCUGGUGCAGAUCAUCUACGAUGAGAACAGGAAAAAGGCAGAAGAAGCUCACAGGAUACUGGAGGGACUGGGACCCAGGGUAGAACUGCCUCUGUACAAUCAACCUUCUGACACCAAGCAGUACCAUGAGAACAUCAAAAUAAACCAGGCGAUGAGGAAGAAACUCAUCUUGUACUUCAAGAGGAGAAAUCAUGCUCGUAAGCAGUGGGAACAGAAGUUUUGCCAGCGAUAUGACCAGCUGAUGGAAGCCUGGGAGAAGAAGGUGGAGCGCAUCGAAAGCAAUCCGCGGCGCAGAGCCAAGGAGAGCAAGGUGCGGGAGUACUACGAGAAACAGUUCCCAGAGAUCCGCAAGCAAAGAGAGCUGCAGGAGCGCAUGCAGAGCCGUGUUGGGCAGAGAGGAGGUGGGCUGGCCUCGUCUGCAGCUCGCAGUGAACAUGAGGUCUCCGAGAUCAUUGAUGGAAUAUCAGAGCAUGAGAACACGGAGAAGCAAAUGCGGCAGCUUGCGGUCAUCCCUCCCAUGCUGUUUGACGCCGAGCAGCAACGCAUCAAGUUCAUCAACAUGAACGGAUUGAUGGAAGACCCCAUGAAGGUGUACAAGGACCGGCAGGUUAUGAACAUGUGGAGCGAGCAGGAGAAGGACACUUUCAGAGAGAAGUUCAUCCAGCACCCCAAAAACUUUGGUCUGAUUGCGUCUUUUCUGGAGAGAAAGACGGUGGCGGAGUGUGUGCUCUUUUACUACCUGACCAAAAAGAACGAAAACUACAAGAACAUAGUGCGGAGGAACUACAGACGCAGAGGAAGAAGCCAGCACGGCCAGCAGCAGCAGCAACAGCAGCAACAACUGCACCGGGGCAGCCAGGAAGAGAAGGAGAAGGAGGAGAAAGAGAAGGAGGGAGAGAGGGAUGAAGAAAAAAAUGAAGCCGAAGACAAGGAAGAUGGAAUGAAGGACGACACCUCUGGAGAAGAUGCAGAAGACAAAGAGCCCACCGUGGCUUUCAAGGGUCGACGCACAGCCAACAGCCAGGGGCGCCGCAAGGGCCGCAUCACCCGCUCCAUGACCAGCGAAGUGGAGGAGACCACCACACCGCCACUCAACAAUGAGCUCGCCAAUCUGGAGAUGAAUGAGAGCUCACGCUGGACUGAAGAAGAGAUGGAAACUGCCAAAAAAGGCCUUCUCCAGUAUGGUAGGAAUUGGUCCGCCAUCGCCAAGAUGGUGGGAUCAAAAACCGUGUCGCAGUGCAAGAACUUCUAUUUCAACUACAAGAAGAGGCAGAAACUGGAUGAGAUUCUGCAGCAGCAUAAAAUGAAAUCGGAGAAGGAGCGAAAGGCCCGCCGUAGGGGCAAAGCACUGCAGAAUGAGGAGACCAGUGCCCCGUAUGCAGCAGAGGAGGAGGAGAUGGAGGGUUCAGGAGCCAGCGGCAAUGAAGAGGAGGCCCCUGAAGAUGGAGAAGGUGGAGCCAACAACAGCUCUGACACAGAGAGCUUGCCCUCGCCACACUCAUCAGAGGACAGCAAGGCCAAGGAGGAAGGCUCCAGCAGGUCAAAGGCCAGCUCCACCACCGGGGACAAGGACGCGGCCAGGUCGGACAUGGGCCAGGCGGCCGACGAGAAACCUCCAGUCAAGGAAGAUGCAGAAUCGGCUAUUAAGCAGGAGAUAAAGACUGAGAUAGGGGAGCCCAACAAAGAGCAGCAGCAGCCGACACCACCCAGCGAUGUCGUAGAUAAAAAACCUCCUACUGCAGAGAUGGAGGAAGUCAAAAGCUCCACCAAGAGCUCCAAGAAGGACCACGGCCCAAAAACCGGUUCCCAUGGGGACAGUGACUCUAGUGCCACUUGCAGCGCUGAUGAAAUGGAGGAGACGGACAACACAGACAAGCACAGAAUGACUUCUCCAAGGCCAAGUCUACUGAACUACGCUCAUGAUGGGGUCAUAUCCUCUCCACUGCAGAAGCCCUUGGACCUGAAGGCGCUCAAACAGAGGGCUGCUGCUAUCCCACCUAUUAUGCCAGAGGCCUCCAUGCAUGGCGGUCAGCGGAGCGGAUGUGGCAAGGCAGUGCUACCCCCCCAUGCCCUGGCAUUGUACCAGCAACAGAUCACCAUGGCUCAUGGGGAGUCCUCUCAGGAGGUCAAAAUGCAGCAGCAGCAGCAACAGCAGCAGCAGCUUUCAGGCCAGCCGGGCAAACAGCAGCCGUACACCUUGCAGGCAGACAGAGACAGGGAGGCUCUUCACAGCAGCAGUCCUCGUAUUCGCCCGCGGAGCCCCUCCACCAGCGACAAGGAUGAGCUGGAAGGCAACGAGAGGUGGUUACUGACCCUCCUGCAGGGAUUAAAAAAGUCCCGGGCUUUCUCUCCGCACGGCGACGCCAAGAAGCAGGCGAUGGGCCCCGACGACCUGAGGACGUCCAACUUGGGUCGACCAGUUCUCUCCCCCUACCCAAUGUCCCCACGAGACAUGGCCAAGAUCAGUCACGACCAGCACUUGCUCCACUUCAACUCGUUCCAGCAAACAGGCCACCCCUCGCUGCCUAACCUGCCACAGGACAGUGGACGGCUAGCAGCAGUGAGACCCCUCACGAUGCCGGAGCCUCCGCCACUCAUUUCCUCCAACAAGCCAGGAGGCUCCAUCACACAGGGCACCCCGGUGCAGUUGCACAGCCCAGCUCAUGGGUUGGACCAUGGGAAGAUGACCCCCACACAGAUGGGGUUGUCUUGGAUGGAUCCGAGGAAAGUUGGAGGUCCUUUCCCCGUGAUAAAGCAGGAACAGUUGUCCCCUCGCAGCUCGUCCUCUCAAGCUGACAACAUGUCAAGCCAGGGGUCGCCUCAUGAUGGUGCUUCUGGACGUGGUUCUAUUCCAGCUGUUCAGGGGGGUAGUAUCACUAAGGGCAUCCCAGGGACCAGAAUGCAUCCAGAUUCCUCCGUCUACUGCCGAGGGGGCUCCAUUACUCAGGGGACGCCGGCUGAGGUGCUGUAUCAGGGAACCAUAGCCCGUCUGAUCACAGAGGACAGCGCCAGUCGAGUUGAGAGGGAACGGGAUGAGGCGCUGUCUAAAGGCCAGUUGGUCUUCGAAGGCAUCAGUGGGCACAUCCUCACAUAUGACCGCCCACCUUCUCAGAGCUCUAAAGACGAGGGCCGAGGCCCCGGGCAGUCUGGGGAAAUUCUAGGCCUGAAGCGUCCUUAUGAAAUUAUGGAGGGAGGCAUCUCUAGAGGACUGCCUAUGAGGGAUUCACUGUCUGCUGCCAACUGCGAAGGUCUGAUUGUUCGAGCCAUGCCUCACGAUAGGGACAGUCCGCACCACACACCUUACAAGGACGCUCAUCACAUCCGUGGCUCCAUCUCACAAGGUAUACCUCGUCACCUGGACCCUCAGGAUGGCUACCUGAGGAGGGAGGCUAAGCAGAUGAAGAGAGAGGGCUCCCCACCCCGCGGGUCCGGUUCGAUGUCCGACCCAAUGAAGGGCAGAGACGCCAUGGUGCCCACGGUGAAGGAGGGCGGCCGCUCCAUCCACCUCAUUCCCAGGGAGGAGCUCAGACAGCCUGGCAAGGAGGGCAUCAUGCCACAGGGAACACCCAUGAAGCAGGAGGCAGCUGGUUCAGGGAAACGUCAUGAUGUCCUCUCCAUCAUGGCCAGUUCACCGCGUUCCUACCACAACCCACCCACCCACAUGGAGAUGCGUGCUGAGAGGGGCCGUUACGAAGAGGCACCAAAAGGGCGGCCCAGCGCAGUGGUCAGCACGGCAAGCCCCAUCGCCCGCUCUUCUCCCCUCACACUGGGGUCAGAGCAGGGAAGCAAGGCCCAUCACAGUCCGGUGGGCUACGAGGACAAAGGCGCCUUAAGGGCCCCUUACCCCGGGCCGUCGCAUCGUGGCUCCCCGCUGUCCAGGGAGGCAAGCCAAAGGCAGCACGAUGGUUCCAGUAAGAAUCCGACUCAGGAACGUAAAGCCACACCAACCCCCAGGGAAAUGAGUGCCACCAAAUCGCCACUCCCAGGUGUUCCAGAUCAACAGACCUAUGAGCGUCUGCUGCAGGGCCUCGGGGCCGCAGAAGUGUACCGCCAAAUGCCCAUAGCCUUCGAUCCUGCCUCGCUUCCCCGUGGCAUCCCCAUCGACCCAGCCUACUACUUGCCUCGCCACCUGGCGCCCAACCCGGCGUACCCUCAUCCCUACCCCUACCUCAUCCGUUCCUUUCCUGACACUGCGGCCCUGGAGAACCGUCAAACGCUGUUCAACGACUACAUCACCUCCCAGCAGAUGCACCAGUGGCCUGCAGCUGCUGCCAUGGCGGCCCAGCGCUCAGACCUGCUGAGGGGCUUAACUCCACGAGACCAGCAGAUUCCUCUGCAGUACUCUGCAGCCCCACGUGGGGCAGCCGGCUCCCCGAUGGAUCGCAUCACCUACAUCCCCGGAGGAGCCACCACCUUCCCUGGCAGGCCUUACACCACCUCCCCCAUCUCACCUGUUGGGCAGUCGCACAUAAACAAGAUGCAAGGCGCAUCUUCAGAGCGCGAGCGUGAAAGAGACCGCGAACGUGACAGAGAGAGGGAAAGGGACCGGGAGAGAGACAGAGAGCGGGAAAGAGAGAGGGAGCGUGAACGCGACCGAGAGAGAGAUCGGGAAAGAGAACGGGAGAGAGACCGCGAAAGGGAAAGGGACCGGGACAGAGAGAGAGACCGAGACCGAGACCGAGACCGAGAGCGCGACAGAGAGAAGGGCGGGUCUCUUGGAAAUGUGGAGCACGCCCCCAUCUGGCGACCAGGUACAGAACACAGCUUGGCCAGCAGCAGCAGCAGUGUGAGGCCUUCCUCCCAACCAUACAGCCACCAGCACUCCCCAGUGUCCCCUCGAAACCAGGAGAACGUGCAGCAGAGGCCGAGUGUCCUGCACAACACUGGGGGCAAGGCUCUUUCUGUCAGCGAACACUCCAGCUCAUCUGUGUUUCGGUCCAUUUCCUCAGGGCCGGCCCGCUACCAAGGUUACCCUGGCCACCUCCAAAGGACAGGUGUGCCCCCUGAGGCCUACCCACCUGCCAUGGCCUCAAGUGUAGCCAAAGAGCAGAGUCGCGACGGAGGCAAAAACAGGGGUGGUCUGCCCAAGCACGUGCAGGACCAGCACGGGCCCUCCGGUAAAUCUGACCCCAAGCUGUCCUGCCCCAGCCCAGGAGGAAUGUACCCAGGUCCCUAUCCCUCGGCUUCAGGCCGGCCCCAGCACCUGCUGCCUCCCCAGUCGGAUAACCCUCCUGGCCGCGGAGAAAGCGGUACACCUAGUAGGGAAAAGACUCAAAACAAAGCGAUGUCCAUUCAGGAACAAGAGCUCCGAGCACUCGGUAAGACCACCAUGACUGCGGCCAACUUCAUAAACGCGAUUAUUAUGCGUCAAAUUUCUUGUGAAACGGGGAUGGCAGAGACGGGCUCGCUUGUUGCCAGCAGCGCCACUGAUGCUCAACAGAAGAUGGAGCCACACGGUCUGUACCGUCCUCCGUCUGAGGAGAGACUGUCUCCGGGCCAGCAGCCCCUGUCCCCCUGCGUUAAAGGCAGCCAGAGGGUGGUCACCCUGGCGCAGCACAUCAGUGAGGUGAUAACUAAAGACUACACCAGGCAGAGCCAGCAGCAGCAGCAGCAAAGCUACCACGGCUCGCCUGUCCUGGACUUGACCCGUCCACCCAGUGCCUCCCAGCUCCCACCCACCUCACAGGAGUCUGCCCAAGGGUCCCGGUAUCAAGAGGGCCUUGGUGGAGAACGCAACAGAGACCGGUCUCCUCCUCAGCCCAAGACGUCACCCGUCAGUGUUUCAAAUGAUGGAAUUGAACCGGUGUCUCCUGCUGGAGCCAGUUCUGAACCGGAGGUCCAAGGAGGGGGCUCCUACUCAAACGAGCCGGGAGAGCAAGGAAUGGGCUCCCGUUCCCCUCCCAAUGCCUCCCAGCCUCCAGCUUUCUUCAGCAAGUUGACUGAGAGCACCUCAGAUAUCGUGAGGUCAAAGAAACAGGAGAUGAUCAAGAAGAUGACGGUGCCGGGAAGCGAGGUGGAUUUCAAUGCUGGUCAGCCAGGAACAGAGAUCUUCAACAUGCCGGCGUCUACAACUGCAGGACCCGUGAGCGUCCGCUGCCACCCACCUCCAGAGACCCCUGGUAACUCAAUAGGCCUGGAGGCCAUUAUAAGGAAGGCCUUAAUGGGCAAAUACGACGAGUCCGACUCUCCAUCCAACGCUGCUAACCCGCUGGGUUCCGCUGUGUCUGCUGGUAUGCCCGUAGCCGACGGACGUGUUGAUGACUUUUUCUCACAAGGUGGGGGGAAGUCCUCAAAGGGCAGCGGGCGCUCUAAUGGGCGGAAGGCCAAAUCUCCAGGACCAGGCCUGUCAGGCGGGGAGAGGCCAUCCUCUGUGUCCUCAGUCCACUCUGAGGGAGACUGCAACAGACGAACUCCUCUUACCAACCGUGUCUGGGAGGAUCGGCCUUCAUCCACAGGCUCAACACCAACUCCCUUCCCGUGUAAUCCGUUGAUAAUGCGUUUCCCCAGCGGGACCGUGUCCGCUCCCUCGCCCUCCUCUGGCCAGCUCGGGGGCCAGGGCCCGGGGCCAGGACCUGGACAGGGCCGGUCCUGGGAGGAGGAGCCCAAACCUCUGCUCAUGUCUCAAUACGAGACCCUGUCUGACAGUGAGUGACCCGGAAAUCCAUCGUACCACAAGACCCGCUAACCAACUCUGUGCUGCUGCAGCCACACACACACACACACACAUACACACACACACGCACACUCACACACACACCCCCACACCUGCUGAGGCGUCUGCAAACCUACCCCACACCAUUCCACUCUGCAUUUCCUCCGUCAGUCGUCAAGCAAGGAUCGUGUCCUUCUCCUUUCACACACCUGAGACGCCAAGCAGGGACGAGCUGAGACACUGCUGCUCCGUGUGUGUGUGUGUGUGUGUGUGUGUGCGUGUGUGUGUGUUUGCACUUACGUGUUAUGCAUUCACUCCAGGACUACUCUAAAGGACAAAUCACUUUUUUUUUUUCCUUUCUUUUUUUAACUUUGCUACUUUUCCUCACUGGCCUUAUCAAUAUAGACACAUUGACCUGCACCUUUUGGGUGCACCGUCUCUAACGUGCUGACACUUGCGUGGAAGGGACUCCAAGGUCGCGGUGUCGGUCUGGUCAGGAGCAUGACGACGGCCGCUCUAGUGACAGAUUUUUGACCCCAGAUCUGACCUGAGAGCGGCGGCCCACACACAGCGAGGACCCUCUCACGUUUCUUCACGGUGAACUCCAGGUGCAGGCGACCUGUGCACUGCUACCACUACAAGAACACACGCGAGGCGACGGGAGGAGAAUCAACAUCUUGUUUUUUCUUGUUUUUGGUUCUUUCUUUUGCUCCUUUUAAAUUCAAGUCAGUCCAGUCCUGUGUUUGGAACGUGAGCUGAGACCUUUAGUACAUUUUGAUGGUGAACUUUUGAUGGUGUCAUUUGUUGUCUAUUAUCUGCAAUGAUGUAUCUUUUUUGGGGGCGGGAGGGCAGAGAUUAUGCGGGGAGGGUCAUAUCAUUGGUUUACAGGGUAAACAUGCUGUUCAUUGCUGAUGUCGUCAUAUAUUAGGGGGGUGGGUGGAGGUGGGGUCCUGAGGAACGGCGAAGGCCUGUUGACUUCAGGCAUCCACGUGGGGAGAGAUGAUUUGCCAGACGGAUGGCCCUGAAACAAGUGACACUUUCUCACUGUUUUUAUAUUAAUCAUGUCUGUGUUUGUUGAACCAGUUUUUGGAUAUUAAGCACUUAGUUGUCAGUCUGUUCACAACGGCAUUUUUAAGAAUCUGUAUUUCCUGUGGCAGGUGAAAAAUGGACUCAAGAACAGCAUAGAAAUCCAAACCGUGGAGGUAUCCUUUAACACCUGUUUAUUUUGGUCUUUAUCGCUCCCGCACUCAAAGCGACAAUCACAUUUUAGUGAACAACGACGAAGCCGCUUCGAGCGGGCACAGACCAACCUUAAAGCUGCUUGAAAGGCAAACUCCUCAGCAUCACUUGGAGUUCGCUGGCGUUGAAUAGGUGACAAAUAAAGCCAUCUUUCUGUGACCCUCGGUCCACGGCGGCGUCCGCUUCAGCUGGCCCGCUACAAUCCCGUCUAGGAGCUGUUGUGACGGUCUGACCUCUGACCUUUUUACUGCCUAGAGGAGGAGCUGAGACCUGACUCCUCAUCCAGGCAGAUUUUGUACAGUUAUGAGAUAUUCCUAGUGUUAAGUGCCAUUUAUUUUACAUAUACAGUACUGAAGUUACCAAGUGACGCACAAUUUUUUCUUUUAGCCCCCCAUGACAGGGUUUAUACUGUCCACGCAGGGAAAUCUGGAAACAAAACAGCAAAUGAAACGUCCUCUUUUUGAAAAAAGGAAAAACAUUUUGUGUGCAUUUUUUUUCUGUUUCCAAAAUCCAUCACAGCCUUAGUUUUUUUUUCUUCACUCAUUUAGAUUUAUCUUCAAAUCACGGGACACCUCACCUGGGCCUGCAUCAAAUGCUUUCUCCACUACGAGACCCAUUCAAGUGUACUUCAUUGCACCCCCUGUGUUUGUACUGGUUAGAGGAAGUCGAGGGGAAGGCAUUCAAAAGCAUCCUGGUAGUUUUAUGUAACAUUAGUUCUCACAGUUUACUGCAGUAUUGUAAAAGGUCACCCUUCUGUGUAAAUGUGACGAAUUCUGUCCUCUGACUGAACACUCGACGGCAGUGAGCUUGUUUAGCGGUUUAGAAAGACUUACCUCUCUUAUCUCUAGUUCAUUUUUGUCACAGUGGAUUUUCACAAACAUGACUGUUAUAGGACUACCUCCUCUCCCUCCUUCAUCCUACCUGUCGUCGGUGAAGCAUCCAGCAUGCCACACCUGUUUGUUUUUUAUUUUUUAUCAAGACUGAUGGAGGGUUUGUAAUUUCAUCAGGCAAGGCAGCCAGGCUUUGUACAUUGAUCUCUCUGCGUGUAUAUCAUUUAUCCACUGAUGAAAUUUAAGAAUGUGACGGUAAACAGACUAAGCCAUAUCCAGCUGUUCCCUAAACCGAAGACGCUCUAAUAACGUUUUUAAAAAAAGUAUACUGAAAUGAAUUUUAACAUGCAUCCAUUUUUGUUUUUGUUCUUACAGUUUUUGUUUUUUGAUCUUCAAUCAUGUCACAAAUCUUAAAUAAUCAUUCAAAACGUGAAAGUUGAUUGCUGAUGUGUUUUCCCUGGACUGUCAAAGGGGGGGGAGGGUGGGGGGGGGGAUUGACAUAAACAGUACAUUGUUCAACCAUUUUGUGCAUAAUGAUUUUUUUUUUUUUUUAUUAUAACCCACUGUAUAAUAGCAAGGAUUGUAUAUAAAACUGAAGAGAUGUAAAUAUUUAUGUGGCUUGCUUCAAGGUUGGUAUUACAAACAAAAAAAUAAAAAAUAAAAGAAAUAUUCACAUGGUUAAAUUCUACAUGCCCACCAGCAAGCUUUGUGGAUAGCAGUGUAAAAAUGAAAAACAAAAAAGACACUGCCUUAAUGUUUAAAUAAAAAGCUUAUCGCCAUU